AAUUUGAGGUUUUCCUUUUAUAUUAUAUUGUUCCGUGUGUUAUCUGUUAUAUAUUGACUUCCAAGGUUAUUCGUAUUAUUUUCUAUAAUUUUUUCUCUUUUAAUAAAUUAAGAAUCUAUGGAUAUCUGAUUGCGGAGAACCCUCCAUAGCCAAGAUUUGUAGUUAAGUAACUCUGGAUCUUUGCCUGAGAGGCAAUACUCAGGGUUAAAAAAGACAAAGACAGCAUAUAGGUCUACUGUGCGCUUUGAAUUGUGGGUAAGACAUGUCUGCGCCCUGCAACAUCCCGAGGACCACCUUACCUAUGUGCCAUAAUUGAGUUAUUUAAUGUAUCAACAAGGAUUUUGAGCUGCAGACCAGUGGACAUUGUUGGUUUCGUUUUAAAAGUGAUUCUCACUAUGUCGGAAAAUACCCAGAAGGUCAGCGUUUCCGGAAAUGCGCUCUCGAGAGCUGUGAUUGCUGAAAUGCUGGCGAAGAAUUUCGAGAAACUGCCUGACAUUGAUCAGAAAAUCUUCAUGUACGGACCCUUGUAUCUGGGGGGGAACGGCGGCCUGGCAGGACUGAUAUCCAACAGCUUGUACCGCAGGGCCCUGAACGUCUCCCAGGCCCCCUUCACCUCCAGCCUGCCCAUGGCCGUGCUGCCCUUCCUCACCACAUUCGCCCUGUACAACGCCACAGUGUCCAACCCCCUCAUGGCAGGUGACCUCAACUGUCCCACCUGUGUGUUGAUCCGAGGUGCGCUUGUUGGUGUGGUGGGUGGCGGGGUGUAUCCCAUCCUCCUGGCCUUACCUGUGAACAUGGGGCUUGCAACCAGGUACAGCACCACACCGAUGCCAGAUAAGGGGAAUGUGCUGCGGUACUGGGUGGAUGUGUCCAGGCCGAUCCUGAGGAGGAUGAGGGCGGUGCUGCUGCUCCAGGCCUUCUUCGGCACCUACCUGAGCUCCAGGCACUUUGAGACUUACACCAAACUGGCCCAGAUAACAUUUGGCAGAGGUGUAGAGGAACUGAAAGACUAAAAUGUACCCAAUCUUAAAAUAAACACCUUUUUUAUAUUGA